GUUUUGGUGUCAUCAAGAAACCAUUAAUGAAUAACAGUACAGACAGAGCAGGAGCUUAUUAGUUUACACAUCUUGGAUCCCUCACCCCACCCCCUCACCCUGCACCUUGCAUUAAAUUUAUAAGAGAAUCUCCACCCAAUUUUUAUAGCCUCCAUCUCUUCCUCUCUCACUCUACCUUUCUUGAUGAGAGAAAGAGGCAGCUAGCAAAGACCUUCACCAUCAAUUCUAUUGCAGUCUCUGAACUAUCUCUCAUCGUUUUCAUGGCUGUCUUGAGUUUCCAACCAAACCCUAAUUCCCACAAACCCUCCUCUAAACGGAAGAAACAGACAGCCAAGCAGCAGUCUUCAUGGGACCAAUUCAAGAACCUCCUCACCUGCAAGCAAGUCCAGGACUCCCAAGUCCACCACCCCUCCAAACCCUCCUCCUCCUGCAGCAGCAUUUGCAGCUUCAGAGAUGUCGUCCAUGGCAACACACGUGUCGUCAAUCGAUCCGACAAUUCGCCGGAGGGCAGCACCGCCGGCCACGAAACCAGGCUUCUCCACAAAAAGGCCCCCGCGGUCGUCAGAUCAGGCGCGUGCAGUGCACCCUACACCGGCCGGGGAAUGCAGCUGAGGAAGCUCUCCGGUUGCUAUGAGUGCCACGCCAUUGUUGAUCCCACAAGAUACCCUUUGCCAAGAACGAGCAUCUGUGCCUGCCCCCAAUGUGGAGAAGUCUUCCCUAAAAUCGAAAGCUUGGAACAUCAUCAGGCUGUUCGUCAUGCAGUGUGUGAGUUGGGGCCUGACGACUCGAGCCGCAACAUUGUGGAAAUUAUCUUCAAGUCGAGCUGGCUCAAAAAGGACAAUCCAAUAUGCAAGAUCGAACGGAUAUUAAAGGUCCAGCCGACUCGGCGCACGAUCCAACGGUUCGAGGACUACAGAGAUGCGGUCAAGGCACGUGGCAAGGGGAGCGCUAGAUGCGCCGCCGACGGGAACGAGCUGCUGAGAUUCCACUCGGCUACUCUCACGUGCUCCCUCGGCGCGCGCGGCUCGUCCAGCUUGUGCGGCUCCGUGCCGGCUUGCGGCGUCUGCACUAUUAUCCGGCACGGCUUUCCGGCCAACAAGGUCGCUGGAAUCCGCACCACCGCCAGCAGCGGCCGCGCCCACGACUGCCUUGGCGGCGUCUCGUCCGACGCGCGGCGCGCAAUGCUCGUGUGCCGCGUGAUUGCCGGAAGAGUCAAGUGCGCCGCCGCCGAUAAUGCGGCGCCGGCGGAAGCCGUCGACGGAAGCUCGUAUGACUCGGUCGCCAGCUACGCCGGCGUUUAUUCGAAUAUGGAGGAAUUGUGCGUGUUCAGUACGCGCGCUAUUUUGCCUUGCUUUGUUGUUAUCUACAGAGCUCUUCAAUCUUAGCCGUCUUUUAUCGACGGUGGAGAUUCAUCCGGUGUUGGGCUCUGUGUGCACCCAAGUGUCGCUUAUUCUUCGUUGUACUUUUUGCUUUCUUUGAUGUACCUUCCUUCUGUAUGGGAUGGGAUCACCGGUCCCGACGCCAGUCCAGUCCCGCCAGCAUCAUCUCUCGGAGUGUAUACAUACACGUAUGCAUAUUUAUACACAAGUAUGUGAUGAUACUGAUGGGGCUGGAUUGCCUCGAGACUGCCACCUCUGUAUAUAUACACAGUCCCAUGCAUGCAUGUAUUUAUUUUAAAGUCGAACUCAUUUUAACUAUACUAUUGCAACUUUUUAGUUUA